AUGGCGAGGCGGACGGGGGAGACACCUCUGCUUUUGCCGCCGAUUACGCGCGCUGCUUUCCGGGAUAAACACCUUCGGUUUCACGGGGGCUUGAUGGCUUUUUCCUGGAGCUUCAUCUUAAUCUGCUGGGCUCUUUCUUGUGGAUAUUGCGGAGCCGAGUCUGAGUUUUCCAUCCUGGAGGAAGCGCAAGUUUUGGCCGAUCAGAUGAAGAAGCUGUCCUCUCAGGAGCUGGGAGUCUUCACUAUGCAGAGGAUUUUCAACUCGUUUGUGUACACCGAGAAGACAUCAAACGGAGAGACAGAAGUGCAGCAGCUGGCCAAAAAGAUUCGUGAGAAGUUUAACCGCUACCUGGAUGUGGUGAACAGGAACAAACAGGUGGUUGAGGCCUCCUACACCGCUCACCUCACCUCUCCACUCACUGCGAUACAGGACUGCUGCUCCAUACCUGCAUCUAUGAUGGAGUUUGAUGGAAACUUCAAUACCAAUGUCUCCAAGACCAUCUGCUGUGACAGACUUUCCCCCACUGUCAAUAGCCGAGCUUUCAACCCUGGACGGGACCUCAACUCAGUGUUGGCAGACAACCUGAAGUCCAACCCGGGGAUAAAGUGGCAGUACUUCAGCUCAGAGGAGGGCAUCUUCACAGUCUUCCCUGCCCACAAGUUCCAGUGCAAGGGAAGUUACGAGCACCGCAGCAGGCCAGUGUAUGUGUCUGCGGUUCGUCCCCAGUCUAAACACAUCGUGGUGAUGGUGGACCACGGAGCGUCUGUAACCGAUACCCAGCUUCAGAUCGCCAGGGACUCAGCACUGGUCAUCCUCAACGCCGUAGAUGAACAUGACAAGAUCUCCAUUCUGUCAGUGGCAGAGACGGUUCGCUCCUGUUCUCUGGACCAGUGCUAUAAGAGUCUGCUCUCUCCAGCCACGAGUGAGACCAAGAGGAAGAUGAGCACCUUUAUCUCCAACAUCAAGGCCUCUGAUUUAGCCACACAACACGCAGCGGGCUUCCAGAAGGCCUUCCAGCUGCUCCGAAACACCAGCAGUCUCUGCAAACAGAGCACCACCACAGACAUGGUGAUCAUCUACCUGUCGUCUGGUAUCACGUCUCGAGAGUCGUCCGAGCAGGAGAAGAGAGCGACCCUCAGCGUGGUCAGAGAGGAGAACCGACACCUGAACAACUCAGUCAUGAUCCUCACCUACGCUCUCAUGAAUGAGGGAGUAACGGGCCUGAAGGAGCUGGCCUUCUUGAGGGAUCUUGCAGAGCAAAAUUCGGUGAAAUACGGUGUCGACCGAAUGUCGGACCGGGACCGCUCCUCUGUGGUGUCCUCGUCUGGAUCAGCAGGCUCUUCCAUGAUGCCGGUGGUGAAGGGAAGCAUGAUGGUACUAAACCAGCUGAGCAACCUGGAGACAACAGUGGGCCGCUUCUACAUCAAUCUGCCCAAUCGCAUGAUUGACCUGGCCCGCUUUAGCCUGCCCUACUCUGACCCAAUGGGAGACGGUUUUAUUAUGACGGUGAGCCGGCCGUGUUAUUUUGGUAACCUGCUCUUGGGCGUGGUCGGGGUGGAUGUGAACCUGGCCUACAUCUUGGAGGAUGUCACCUACUACCAAGACUCACUGGCUUCAUACACAUUCCUCAUUGACAACAAAGGUUACACCCUGAUGCAUCCAUCACUGACGCGGCCCUACCUGAUGACAGAGCCUCCCCUGCACACUGACAUCAUCCACUAUGAGAACAUCCCAGGAUUCCCUGCUGUCCGACAGAACAUUCUCGGCCUCCCUCUGGGCAGUCAGAUCAUUGCUGUGCCGGUCAACUCCUCUCUGUCCUGGCACGCCAACCGACUCAGAGACAACAGCAAAGACGCAUACAACGUCAGCUACGCCUGGAAACUGGUCCAGGACACAUCAUUCAUCCUGUGCAUCGUGUACGUGCAGCCGGAGAUCCCAGUGAAGCAGCUGAAGAACCUGAACACCGCUCCCAGCUCCAAGCUACUGUACCACCGUUUAGACCUGUUGGGUCAGCCCAGCUCCUGUCUGCACUUCAAACAGCUUGCCACAGUUGAGUCCCCCACAGUGAUGUUGGCAGCUGGUAGUUUCUCCUCUCCCUAUGAGCACCUCAGUCAGCCAGAAACAAAGCGCAUGGUGGAGCACUACACCGCCUACCUGAGCGAUAACACCAGGCUCAUAGCCAACCCAGGCCUCAAGUCCUCUGUCAGGAACGAGGUUAUGGCGACCAGUCACGUCACGGAUGAGUGGAUGACACUAAUGGAAAUGAGUAGCCUCAACUGCUACAUUGUGCGCCGUUACAUAGCAACGCCCAGUGGGGUGCUCCGGAUUUACCCAGGAUCACUGAUGGACAAAGCCUUCGACCCGACCCGCAGACAAUGGUACCAGCAUGCUGUGGCUAACCCUGGCCUCAUCACCUUCACGGGACCAUACCUGGAUGUGGGCGGGGCGGGCUACGUUGUCACCAUCAGUCACACCAUCCAUGCUUCCAGCUCUCAGAUGGCCCCUGGUUAUGCCAUUGCAGUGAUGGGCAUAGACUUCACCCUACGCUACUUCUAUAAGGUACUGCUGGACCUGCUGCCCAUCUGCAACCAGGACAAGGGCAACAAGAUCAGGUGCUUCAUAAUGGAGGACAGAGGGUACCUGGUCGCUCACCCCACUCUCAUCGACCCCAAAGGUCAUGCCCCUGCAGAGCAACAACACAUCACACACAAGGAGCCGUUGGUGGCUAAUGACAUCUUGAACCAUCCCAACUUUGUCAAGAAAAACCUGUGUAACAGCUUCAGUGAUCGCACCGUGCAGCGCUUCUACAAGUUCAAUACCAGCAUAAUGGGGGACCUAACCAACCUGGUCCAUGGUAGCCAUUGUUCUAAGUACCGUCUGACCCGGAUCCCUGGCACCAACGCCUUUGCUGGUAUCGUCAACGAGACGUGUGACUCUCUGGCGUUCUGCGCCUGCAGCACUGUGGACCGACUCUGUCUCAACUGCCACAGAAUGGAACAGAAUGAAUGUGAGUGUCCAUGUGAGUGCCCCCUGGAGGUCAAUGAGUGUACUGGAAACCUCACCAAUGCUGAAAACAGGAACCCUAGCUGUGAGGUGCAUCAGGAGCCAGUCAGUCUGAAUGUGAUUGAUCCCACUCUGCACGACACCCUGACCCAGUGUAUCAACACUCGCUGUAGCCAGAGAUACACCAGCAGUGACUGUUUUGGCGUAUUGGACUGUGAGUGGUGCAUGGUGGACAGCGACGGUAAGACUCAUCUCGACAAGCCAUACUGUGCCCUGCAGAAGGAGUGUUUCGGGGGCAUCGUCGGUGCCAAGAGUCCUUAUGCGGACGGCCUGGGACUCUUAGAUGAGGAGGUGGCAUCUCUGAACAUGAUCAAGAGCGCCCCUGUGGGUCCAGUCGCCGGGGGCAUUAUGGGAUGCAUCAUGGUGUUGGUGCUGGCUGUGUAUGCAUACAGACACCAGAUCCACAGGCGUUCGCACCAGCACAUGUCACCACUGGCAGCACAGGAAAUGUCAGUGAGAAUGUCCAACCUGGACAACGAAAGAGAUGAGAGGGAUGAAGACAGCCAUGAGGACAGAGGAAUCAUCAGUAAUACUCGAUUCAUUGCUGCGGUGAUAGAGCGGCACACUCACACUCCUGAGCGGAGACGGCGGUACUGGGGACGAUCUGGGACAGAGAGUGACCAUGGCUACAGCACCAUGAGUCCGCAGGAGGACAGCGAGAAUCCACCAGGAAACAACGAUCCGCUCUCGGCCGGUGUCGACGUCGGCAACCACGACGACGACCUCGACCUGGACACGCCACCUCAGACGGCCGCGUUGCUCAGCCACAAGUUUCACCCUUACCGGCACACGCAUACACACCACCACCCGCUGCACACGCACCACCUGCAGGCCGCGGUCACCGUGCACAGUGUGGACGCAGAGUGCUGAUCUUCAGCUAGUGAUGGAACUGUUUUUUUUUUUAUUGAAUACUAUUUUUAAAAACAUUCGUGCUUAAUUAGACAGCACACAGUAGGUACUGUCAGGAUGGACGGCGGGAGAAAAGAAGCCACAGCUGGACCCCAGUCUAGAGUGUCACUGGGCAGCUGUGACCUCCGCUAUGAAUGGAUGUUCAGCUUAAUAUGGGUAUUAGCUUCAUGGUCUCAUUGUGCCAACAUCUCCAUCUCAACACUUUUCUUCAAACCCUGUCCACAAUCUGGCAAGUGUACACAGUUUUACACACUGAAAAUCACCAGACCUGGGCCAGUAAAAAUAACCAAGUGAGAUUUUUUGGGUUGUUUUCCGAAGGAAUUUGGCAUUCAUGACUCUGUAAGAGUGCACAACAACCUUUUGGGAGCAGAAAAAAACCCUGUUUGAGCCAUAAUCAAUGGCCUUCCUUGAGAAAACGACACAACUGGAACCUUAAAAGCCUUGAGGGGAGGACAAACGUCUUCAUUUCCAUGUGGAAGGCCAGAGCAAACACGUCACAGGACUGGAGGAUAAUCAAAUUAACAUGAAAUCUAGAUGCUGAAAGAGGUCCACCUUUUUGCCCCAGGGCUCCAUGCCAGCCUCUACACAGGUUGUUUCCCCACUAACCCCACUUGUGGGGACGGUCAGGAGGGGAACAGAGCACUCCUUACAUCUCAUAGAGUAAAAAUACUGUAUUUCCACACAGAGUGGGGUUUAUUGUGGGAUUCUAUUACAGCUUUACUCUCCUUGGUGGUGCAGAUAGACGCUCACCAGUUUGGUUUUCUCUGAAAGUCGCUGCCUUUAUCCACAGGAGGAUCUGCUGGCCUUACGUACCAUGGUUUGGGAAGAUAUUCAGACAUUUUUAAUGAGUGUCUGGGAACUUAAAAGUACAAAACUAAAUCUUCAAUGAUUCUCAUAAAUAUAGGAAGAAACACUUUAAAAAAGAAAAUAUUAUUUUUCUACUAUUUAUUAAAGAGGUAGAUUUUCAGAUGAGCGAGCAGCUGUUGCUAUCAAAAACAAGAAAGUAGCUAAGAUAAGUGAUACAUACUGACCCACUUUCUGUAAUCAGUGCAUCAUAUUUAGGGCUCAUUGUUUCCCUAAAAUCUGUGACUGACUGGUUUUUGUUUAUUUUUCAUUUUAAGAAUAUCAGUAAUACAGUGAGGGUGCAUAAUCUGCAGCUCAUUUGGAUAUUCUUUUUAUUUUUCUCUAUCUUUUCUUCUACCAGAACCAGAUUCUGAGCUCUUCUCUCCAUCGUUUUUUACUAUAUAGUGUGGUGAACAGUGUCUUCUUCAAGCAGGAAACUUUUUUUGGAUGAGCAGGGACCUUAAAGUCCAAAUCAUAUCUGCUCGUUUCAAAGAAAACAAAAACAAAACAAAAAAAAACAGGUAAG